GGUGGAUGUGUGCACACAAACAGGAUAUUCUCAGCUAGUACCUUGGCAACUUCAGUUUUCAGGCACAAAGAGUCCCCGUGUGAGUGUGUGUCUUGUGUCGCAGUGUCUUCCUACCUCCAGCAUUGAUAGGAAUCAACUGUUGCACUCAUUCCUUUUCAAACUUGCACGACGCUGUUCAAGUAACUUAACUUUCUACGCGGAAAAAGGUGAUUUCAUAACUGUUUUUGGAUUGUUUGGAAAGCAUUCAUCUUGACUUAUCACGAGGCAAACUUGAAGCAAGAAAACAAAACAAAAUGCCGCUCGAUUGCGGAGCUACCGUGGUGAAAUACGUCCUGUGUCUGUUCAACUUUGCCCUUUUUUGGGCUGGAGCCGCUGUUUUAGGAAUUGGGAUCUGGUUAGCCGCCGACCAGAAUUCUUUCCUCACUCUGAUCAAAUUUACUCAAGCUGAAAAUGUGCAGAACUUGGUCCAGCCACAAGUGAUCACCCAGAGUGCCUAUUUGUUGAUUGCGGCUGGGGCUUUCGUCUUCAUCGUCAGCUUCCUGGGCUAUUGCGGAGCCGUCAAAGAGUCUCGCGUCCUUCUUGGAUUGUACGGCGCCUUCGUUUUGGUGAUCGUGGCCUUGGAAAUUACCGCAGGAAGUCUGGCGGCAACUUACCAACAGGAGGCUGAAAAGGAAAUUAAAUCGUACAUGAUGACUGCACUGAAAGAAUAUUAUAGCACUCAACAGGAUGCCGAUGCGCUGACGACUUCGUGGAACUUGAUGCAAGGACAACUAUCAUGUUGCGGCGUCAACAACUUUACUGACUUUGUCGGUACACCGUGGAUGAAAAACAAGACUGCUGGCCACUUGUUGCCCGUUUCGUGCUGUAAACUCCGUGGCAAGUUGAUCGAUUUCCAGCCAGAAGACCCGCGAUGUAUGACGAGCCCCACUGAUGACAACUCGUACCGUAUGAAGGGAUGUUAUUCGCGCAUUAUCGAAUACUUCCAUUCGAAUAUGGAGAUUGUUAUCGGUGUUGGAGUAGGUCUGGGUGUGACUCAAAUCUUGGGCAUUGUUUUCGCCUUUUGCUUAUGUCAAGCUAUUGAUAAUGACUUCAUCAAGUAAAAAACAUAAAGUACCUAAAAUCUCCCUUCAUGACGCAGUUGUUAUCGUAAAAAUCUAAGGAUUUCCUCAUGUUAAAAAAAAAAAACGUAAUCAGAUUGGAAAGUUUGUAAUUCAGCCUAGGAGUAUUUUGAGAUGAUCGGGACCAAGCUAAGAUCUGAUAUCACUAUAUAAAAUCUAUUGUUCAUCUAGCUUUCACUUUAUUUUUCUCCCGCUCCCCUUAUUGUUGUUGUUUUUUUGCGAGACCAUGAUGAAUCGACGAACAAGUGACUAUUCCACCAUAAAAGCCGUACACAUUGUAUAAUAAUAAUAAUGCCUUAUCAUGAUCACGUUAAUAAUGUGUUUUUUUUUCUUUAUUUCAAAGAACAAUUUCAACAACAAAAAAUGAAAAAAAAAAAUACAAUUGAUGUUACCGACA